CGAAGAUAAUAAUGUAUGCAAAUUGGAAAAUUAUAGAGCUACAGCAAAGGGAUAGCAAAGCUAUCAAUCAGGUUCUGGGAAGUGGCAACCUAUGAAAAAAGAGAGACACAAACAAAAUCGAGAAGAUGGCAUACCUACCAUACAAGUAGAAGAACAGAGCAGAAAUUUGCAAUCUGCAGCAUGCUUUGUUUUGAGCCGAACAAAUCGGUAGUCAGUGGGCGGGGGGGCAUAGGAAAAUGUGAUGACCCAAUCAGCGUCCACUCCAUUGUCCAUUCCACUAUUCCAGUAUUCCACCACGCGCUGCCCUCCGGUCGUUGUCCCAUCUUCCUCCGAGUCCACUUCCCCGUGCCCGACUCCACACACCACUCCACCGCAUCGCACUCGUCCUUCCCUCUCCCUUCCAACACCACCACCCGCACCGUCCGCACACUCGUCCGCUUCCGUCUCAUUCUCUCGUGGACGCGGCAGUGGCGCCACGACCACGCCUCCACUACCGCCUCAAUGGCCACCGUCAUCGUCAUCCUCCUCCUCCUCCCGUUACUCCCGUCCACCGCCCUCGCCGCCUUCCCCUACUUCCUCGCCUGCGGCGCCGCCUCCAACGUCUCCUUCCCAGGCGACUCCCCAGCGCGCACCUUCGUCCCGGACGCUCCCUUCCUCUCGUCCGCCGGCCGUGUCCCGGCAGUGACGAGCACCGGCUCCAACACGAUCCCCCCUCUCUACGCUGCCGCGCGCGCGGCCGGCUCGGGGUUCUCGUACAGCUUCGCCGACCCGGACACCGCCACGGUCAACGUGUCCCGCGUCCUCCGCCUCCAUUUCUUCCCUUUCACCAGUUCCUCCUCUGUGAACCUCUCGUCCGCGAGCUUCUCCGUCUCUGUUCGCGAUGCCUACACCCUACUCUCCUCCUUCUCGCCGCCGCGCGACGGCGUCGUCAAGGAGUACUUCGUCCCGGGGGACGGCUCCGGCGAGUUCCGCGUCAAGUUCACGCCGGACGCCGGCUCCACCGCAUUCGUCAGCGCCAUCGAGCUGUUCCCGGCUCCGCCGGAGCUGCUGUGGAGACGCCCGGUGAAGCCGGUGGGCGCCCUGGUCGACAGCGUCGACGUGAACGCGUGGCCGCAGCAGGCGCUGGAGACGGUGUACCGCCUCAACGUCGGGGGAUCCAAGGUGACCGCGGCGAACGACACGCUGUGGCGGACGUGGCUCCCCGACGACCCCUACUUCUCCAGCCCCAGGGGGCUCUCGCAGGUGAACUCGACCUCGACCCCGAUCAUCUACGGCACGUCGAUCGGGUACACGAGGGAGGUGGCGCCGGACAGCGUGUACAAGACGCAGCGCGCCAUGAACAUGGCGAGCCAGCAGUUGUUCCUCACUCCGGGGCCUUUCAACUUAACGUGGACCUUCGCGCUUCCGCCGCCGGCACCGGGGUCCGACUCCGACUACCUCGUCCGCCUCCACUGGUGCGACUACUCGCUGGUGAGCUCCGUUGUAGCAACGGGCAUCGUCUUCGACGUCUACGUCGCGCAGAGGCUUGCUUCCAAAGACCUCGACCGAAACGCGGCGGACGCGGCGGAGCAGCCCAACGAGGCUUUUUACCUGGACUACGCGGCCACGGCCCCGACCACCGGGAACCUCACCAUCAGCAUCGGCAAGUCGGACAAAAGCGAUGCAGGCGGCAUGCUCAAUGGGCUGGAGAUCAUGAAGCUGCGGCGCGCCGAUAAUUUGAACUCCGCCGGAUCGCACGGCAGGAGGAAGAAGAUUCUCAUCGGCACGCUCUCGGCGGCGCUCGGCGUCGCUGUUCUUGCGUGCGCGCUGCUCUGCUUGCUCGCCGUGCUGCGCAGGCGUAGACAGGCGCCGACUCCGGCGCCGGAGGAGAAGGAGAGCACGCAGCUGCCGUGGUCGCAGCACACGCAGGAUGGCUCCAGCUGGGUUGACAUGUCGAACGCGUCGGGCGCGGGCAUGACCGGCGGGCUGCACAGGAUGAGCAUGCAGCUCAACAUCUCGCUGGCGGACAUCACGGCGGCCACGGAGAACUUCAACGAGCGCAACCUCAUCGGCGUCGGCGGGUUCGGGAACGUGUAUAGCGGCGUGCUCCGCGACGGCACCCGCGUGGCGGUGAAGCGCGCCAUGCGCGCCUCCAAGCAGGGGCUGCCGGAGUUCCAGACGGAGAUCGAGGUGCUGUCCCGCAUCCGGCACCGCCACCUGGUCUCCCUCAUCGGCUACUGCAACGAGCAGUCGGAGAUGAUACUGGUGUACGAGUACAUGGAGAAGGGCACGCUGAGGAGCCACCUCUACGGGUCGGAGGAGCCGCCGCUGUCGUGGAAGCAGCGGCUGGAGAUCUGCAUCGGCGCGGCGAGGGGCCUGCACUACCUGCACACCGGCUACUCCGAGAACAUCAUCCACCGCGACGUCAAGUCGACCAACAUCCUCCUCGGCGACGCGUUCAUCGCCAAGGUGGCCGACUUCGGGCUGUCGCGGAUCGGGCCGUCGUUCGGGGAGACGCACGUGAGCACGGCGGUGAAGGGCAGCUUCGGCUACCUCGACCCGGAGUACUUCAAGACGCAGCAGCUGACGGACCGGUCCGACGUCUACUCCUUCGGCGUCGUGCUGUUCGAGGUGCUCUGCGCGCGGACGGUGAUCGACCAGAGCCUUGAGCGCGACGAGAUCAACCUCGCCGAGUGGGCGGUUAGCCUGCAGCAGAAAGGGGAGCUCGCCAAGAUCACCGACCCGAGGAUCGCCGGGCAGGUGAACGGCAACUCGCUGCGCAAGUUCGCCGAGACCGCAGAGAAGUGCCUGGCGGACUACGGCCUGGACCGGCCGUCCAUGGGCGACGUGCUGUGGAACCUCGAGUACUGCCUUCAGCUGCAGGAGACGCACGUCAACAGGGACGCGUUCGAGGACAGCGGCGCCGUCGCCACGCAGUUCCCCGCCGACGUGGUCGUGCCGCGCUGGGUGCCGUCGUCCACGAGCUUCCUCAUGGAUGACAGCGUGACCGACUCGGGGAUCGCCAACAGCAAGGCCUUCUCGCAGCUCAGCAGCGGCGAUGGCCGUUGAUCAAUCAGCUGGUCAGUGAACCGACAGUCGGUCAGACUCAGAUAGAGAAGUUUGUAACCAUAAUUUUUCCUCUCUUUUUUUUUAUGCUGAUCUAUUCUCUGAAUCCAAAACCCAUGCACGUCGCAGCAACGAUACGUCUUCAGAAAUUUUGCUGAACACGAACGGAAUACCGUAAUCUGCAGCAAAAUUGGUGUUGCAAUUUUUUCUGUC